AGCCACAGACACCUCCUGCCGCCCAACUCAGGGAACUCGGCCUGGCGCCCCUUGGCCAUUUUCCGGCCGGAGGACUUGGGGAGCAGAAAAAUAAAUAAAUAAAUAAAUAAACAAACAAAUAAAGCAAACGUUCCUGCAAACCGGAAUAAGGAGAAAUUCAAGGAAGGCGCCCCAGUUCCGCUGCUCCCAAGUCUUGGGACGGGCUCCGGCCCGGCCGCGCGGCGAUGGAGCUUCUCCGCCUGCUGCUGCUCCUGGCGGGCGGCUGCGCUCGGACCUGGGACGCGGCGGCCGCAGACUCCAUCAUCCACAUCGGAGCCAUUUUUGAUGAAUCUGCCAAGAAGGAUGAUGAGGUGUUUCGCAUAGCAGUUGGUGACCUGAACCAGAACGAGGAGAUCUUGCAGACCGAGAAAAUCACAUUUUCAGUGACAUUUGUUGAUGGCAACAACCCUUUCCAAGCAGUUCAAGAAGCCUGUGAACUGAUGAAUCAAGGAAUCCUGGCCCUGGUCAGCUCAAUUGGCUGCACUUCCGCGGGCUCCCUGCAGUCCUUGGCGGAUGCCAUGCACAUCCCCCACCUGUUCAUUCAGCGCUCCACAGCCGGAACCCCAAGGAGCGGCUGUGGACUCACCCGGAGCAGCAGGAACGAGGACUACACACUGUCCGUACGCCCGCCUGUCUACCUGAAUGACGUCAUCCUGAGAGUGGUGACUGAGUAUGCCUGGCAGAAGUUCAUCAUCUUCUACGACAGUGAGUACGAUAUCCGUGGAAUCCAAGAGUUUCUGGACAAAGUAUCCCAGCAGGGGAUGGAUGUUGCACUUCAGAAGGUGGAAAACAACAUUAAUAAAAUGAUCACUACUCUCUUUGAUACCAUGAGGAUUGAGGAACUGAAUCGCUAUCGAGACACUCUUAGGCGAGCCAUCCUUGUGAUGAAUCCUGCCACAGCCAAAUCCUUCAUCACUGAGGUUGUGGAGACGAAUUUGGUGGCUUUUGACUGUCACUGGAUCAUUAUAAAUGAGGAAAUAAAUGAUGUGGAUGUACAGGAACUUGUAAGAAGGUCAAUUGGAAGGCUAACGAUCAUUCGACAGACAUUUCCAGUUCCUCACAAUAUAAGUCAGCGAUGCUUCCGGGGUAAUCAUCGGAUAUCUUCAACACUGUGUGAUCCAAAGGACCCAUUUGCACAGAACAUGGAGAUCUCAAACCUGUACAUAUAUGACACGGUGCUUCUGCUCGCCAACGCUUUCCAUAAGAAGCUGGAGGACCGGAAGUGGCACAGCAUGGCUAGCUUGUCCUGCAUCAGGAAGAACUCCAAACCCUGGCAAGGAGGACGGUCCAUGCUGGAGACCAUCAAGAAGGGUGGCGUGAAUGGUUUGACUGGAGAGCUAGAAUUUGGAGAAAAUGGAGGUAAUCCCAAUGUCCACUUCGAAAUCCUUGGAACCAACUAUGGAGAAGAACUUGGCCGAGGUGUUCGCAAACUUGGAUGCUGGAAUCCUGUCACAGGGCUGAAUGGGUCCCUGACUGACAAGAAGCUGGAGAACAACAUGCGUGGAGUGGUUCUCCGAGUCGUGACUGUCCUGUGGAUGAGUCAAAGCCAUCUUCAUGCACUUGCUCAGAAGAUACAUGUUAAAUCGACACGGGGCAUUAUCUCCUCUUUAUAUUUUUUUUGCAUGUGGCUUUUCCCCAAAACUGGUUAUAAUUAUCUUGAGAACAGUGUUUAUGGCUUUCGAGCUGACAUCGGGAUUUCUGCCUUAACCAUCACUCCAGAUCGGGAGAAUGUGGUGGAUUUCACUACACGUUACAUGGACUACUCAGUGGGGGUCCUACUUCGGAGGGCUGAAAAAACAGUGGAUAUGUUUGCUUGUCUUGCACCAUUUGACCUCUCUUUAUGGGCUUGCAUUGCUGGCACAGUCCUGCUGGUGGGUCUACUGGUAUACCUCUUGAAUUGGCUUAAUCCUCCACGGUUACAAAUGGGAUCAAUGACUUCUACUACUCUCUACAACUCCAUGUGGUUUGUGUAUGGAUCCUUUGUACAGCAAGGUGGUGAGGUUCCAUACACGACUUUGGCUACCAGGAUGAUGAUGGGGGCUUGGUGGCUCUUUGCUUUGAUUGUCAUCUCAUCUUACACAGCCAACCUUGCUGCUUUCCUCACUAUAACCCGCAUUGAAAGCUCCAUCCAGUCUCUCCAGGACCUUUCCAAGCAAACAGACAUCCCUUAUGGCACAGUCCUAGACUCUGCAGUAUACGAGCAUGUCCGCAUGAAGGGGAUGAAUCCUUUUGAGAGGGACAGCAUGUAUUCCCAAAUGUGGAGGAUGAUCAACCGAAGCAAUGGCUCAGAGAACAAUGUGCUGGAGUCCCAAGGAGGCAUACAAAAGGUAAAAUAUGGAAACUAUGCCUUUGUCUGGGAUGCAGCUGUGCUGGAGUAUGUGGCCAUUAACGACCCUGACUGCUCCUUCUACACUGUUGGGAACACCGUAGCCGACCGGGGAUAUGGAAUUGCUCUGCAGCACGGCAGCCCUUACCGGGAUGUGUUCUCACAGAGGAUCCUGGAGCUACAGCAGAAUGGGGACAUGGACAUCCUGAAGCACAAAUGGUGGCCCAAGAAUGGCCAGUGUGAUCUGUAUUCCUCCGUGGACACCAAACAGAAGGGCAGCGCCCUGGACAUCAAGAGCUUCGCUGGAGUCUUCUGCGUGCUGGCGGCUGGCAUCGUGCUCUCUUGCUUCAUCGCCAUGCUGGAGACAUGGUGGAACAAGAGAAAGGGUUCCCGGGUGCCGUCCAAAGAGGAUGACAAAGAAAUUGACCUGGAGCAGCUUCAUAGACGCGUAAAUAGCUUGUGUACAGAUGAUGACAGUCCCCAUAAACAGUUUUCCGCCUCGUCCAUUGACUUGGCCCCUCUGGACAUUGACACUUUGCCAACCCGACAAGCCCUGGAGCAGAUCAGUGAUUUCAGGAACACGCACAUCACCACCACCACCUUUAUCCCCGAGCAGAUCCAGACUCUAAGCCGCACGCUCUCGGCCAAAGCCACCUCGGGCUUCGCCUUCGGCAACGUGCCGGACCACCGGACUGGCCCCUUCCGGCACAGGGCACCCAAUGGGGGCUUCUUCAGGAGCCCCAUCAAAACCAUGUCGUCCAUCCCCUACCAGCCCACCCCCACCCUCGGGCUCAAUCUGGGCAGCGACCCGGACCGGGGCACCUCCAUCUGAACCUCCUCCCCGCUGAGGAGCACCUAUCAUAUUGUGGGACUAACACGGAUGUCACAUCAUUUGAGUUUUGGGGUUUUUUGUUUGUUUGUUUGUUUUGGUGGGGAGAGGGAGGAAUCGGAUGCUGAGGAGGGUUUCUAGAUCCUUCUCCUCAUCUGCUCUUCCUUUUCCUCUUUCUCUUCCUCUCCCUCUCCUUCUGUCUCUUCCCUUAUCCCCCCUUUCUCUCACCCUAUCUCUUUCUCCCUCUUUCCCCUUUCUCUCUCCCCUUUCUCUUUUCCUUUAUCUCUCUCUCCUUCUAUUUCUCUUUUUGCCUCUUUCUCUUUCUCUCUCUCCCUCUGUCCUUCUCUCUCCUCUCUCUUUCUCUUCCUCUCCUUUUUUCUCUCUCCUCUCUCUCCUUCCCUUUUUCGCUCUCACUCUCCCCCUUCCCUUUCUCUCCCCUCUCUCUCCCUCUCACUUUCUCUCUUUCUCUCUUCCUCUCCACUGCCCUUUGCUUUUUUUUUUUUUUUCAUUGCUCCACCAGUGCCCCAGAAUAGAGUAUACUAAGAGCCUAGUAAGCCUGCUUUUUUUCAUAUACUGUACUUCAGGUCUAGGGAAUGUGCACUGAGAAUACAAAACGUAUCCACAGGGUGAAUGGCACCCCAAAGGCCUCUCCUCUAACCCACCUCUGGUUCGAAGACUCUCUAAUAAAUCUGCCCACCCAACCCCAGCACUGCUGUGGAGUGUCCUUUAACUGUGGGCCAAAGGCAGCCCUGCAGUGUCUCUCAGAUCAUUUCAAGAGCAUUCAGGCCAUACAAGAAGAGAAUGCCAUUUUUGUAGGAUCAGAAAGAGAAAAAGAAAAAAAGCCAUUAAUAUACCAGUCAAGACUACAGUUAACUCUUGCACUGCAGCAGUGCAUAUGACCUUUAUGUGAUUGUACAGUAUUCAAAGUUUCUUCUUUUCUUCUUAUGUACAGUAAACUUUAUCUUAUGGCAGAAGCCUCUAUUGUGUUAAAGAAAUUAGUAUCUCAUAUAUAUCCAUAUAUAUGCACCUAUAUAAUGUGUAUAUAUAUAUAUAUUGAAAGGCGGUCAUUGCUACUACAAUUCCUUUAAUAAAGCUUUAGUUAAAAAAAAAACAGCAAGUAUUGUAUACAGGAACUAUGUAUAGCACAUGGGGGUGUCUUUUCAAUUAGAAAAGGCAGGUUACUUUCGUGUUAUUCUGAUGUGCCAAGUUGCCAACAGGGAACAUUUCCUCCUUCUGCUGUGGAAACAUCCAGGGCAGUUCCUCGAUAUUGCUCAUGGGAGUGGGUUUUGUGUUAGUCAUCCAGCGACCUAGAGAGCUGACCUUGAUGGUUUCACUGUAAUCAUUUCUCUGUAUGGAAGCUGUUAUUGGCAGCACCACACCCACCACAGCCCAUGUGAGAGUUUCAACUUAGAUCUCUGAAGGUGAAUGGCUUCCCUUCCUGAGCAGGAAACUUAAGUGAAGAGACAAUGAGUUGGGGGAGAAGUAGGAGCCCUUAUGACAUGACAUACUGAUGUGGCCUUACUGACUGUCAUACAUUAUCUUAAAGAAGAAUAACCAUCCAGGGCUCCCCACCUCACUCCUCCCGUCCCUUCCAAGUCCCCCUUUGCAACCCCAGAUCUACUUGGAAGAGGCAUUAAUGCCGAGGGUAGACCAGAAGGACACCAGAAACAGUGCCUCUUAGCGCACACCCCCUUUUAAGGUAGCCUUCUUACCUGCUAGAAAUAGAGGAUGACCUUUGUUUGUAACCCUUUACUUAAAACGUGGUCAAGUAGGAAGAGAGAACUUAUCCUGUGUUCUCACACAGCUACCCACUUAAUUUACUCUAAUCCCUUCUGUGGCUAGGGUUGUUCUAGGAAAGCAACCUAUGUGAUUUGCUUUAGGACAUAUUUUAAGAAAAAGUAUAUUCUUAAGGUAUAUUAUAUUUUGAUGCUAAUUCUGUUCUGGGGAGCAUCUUGUACUGUCACUGUUUUUUGUACUAAAUCUUCAAGUAUUGUCUACUGUGUAAGGCAGAGAACUUUCUUACCAUGCACCAACCCUUUUGUUUUCAGGGUAACAAGUUCCCAAGUGCAUGCACAACUUGUUUUCCCCUCUAACACCCACGAUCUCACUCACGACUCGGACUUUCAAACAGAAACAUCUUUACAAUAAGCUAUAUAGGGUCAUUAACAAAUGUGGCAGUGAUUUUAGCUAUCAAAAAAAAAAAAACACUGUUAACCAUGUAUAAUAUUUAAAAUAGGCCUAUUUUGAUGUAUCGCCUAUUCUACAAAUCCACACACCCUUUUUGGAGGCCUCAGUUAUGAGUGACAGAGCUUUCUGUGUAUAAUUUGUCUAAAUAAUUUGUCUAAUAAAAAUGUUUUCUAAA